UGUCCAUGAGUUGUUGUUAUUAAGAACAAAGCUUGAUUUCAUACGGACUUAUGGCUUCUACAGGAGCAGAAACCUUCGUUUCACAAUCUCACUGCUCGUGUUCAGUCUACCUUGGAUGUUUUUUUUUUUAGACAUUAUGGCUAAUCAUCUAAAUCAUUAUGAUGGAAAGUAAUGGGAUAUUUACUUCCGGAACUAUGCAACCAACCACCCGGAACUACAUUGCUGUAACAGACCGGAAGGUUGAUGUAACGGACGUGAUACAGAAACGGAAGUCCCAGAAGAAAAUUGUCGAGUGAAAAAUGUUAAACGGGCGUUUAUUUAGUCGACGGUUGACCCCCCUCGUUGUUAUAGACAGCCUCUCCGUUUAGCUACUUUAGGGACGGAAGUAACGCGCACAUUGUGCCGUGAAUUAUUCUGUCUCAUUAGACUCAUUAAAGCUGCUUUUGGAUGGGAACAUUACAAGCCAGGUCCAAGUGGUUUCAUGAUGUUUCCCGCUGCGAAAAACAUGGAUUCUAUUCACAGUGGGACCGGUGUCUUCUACCAGGCGAUACCUGCUGUCGGAGCCGACGGAAAGAACAUCAUGAAACUGAUUCCUGUACAAAUGGUCAACGGGCAGUUUUUCCAAUGUCCAAUAAGCAAGACGGAUUCGACACAACAGAAAGCUGUCGGCGUAAACAUCGCCUCAGCACCUGUUCAGACGGUACAAAAGACAGCGCCGAGUCCUUCUGCCACUCAGCAAGUUGUCAGCAAGCAGGUUUCCAUCAUUAAUGUCUUCCCUAAUCAAGUGGGUUUGGAUCGCGGUAGUUCACUAAACAAGCAUCCACUGCAGCAACAGAAAGUGAAUUUAAUAGCCGUCGUGCCUCAGAUGGAAACACCUGCAGCAAACAGUGCGAAGUCAGGUAGACUUCCAGGUCCGCUUCCAGUCACAGUGAAAGCUCCAGGGAUCCCCAGAGGACGGUACCUUCAGAUUACCCCUAAUGCAACAGUCCCGAGAGUCCCAGCAGUCCAAACAGUCCCGACAGUCCCAAGAGUCCCAGCAGUCCAAACAGUCCCAACAGUCCCGAGAGUCCCAGCAGUCCAAACAGUCCCAACAGUCCCGAGAGUCCCAGCAGUCCAAACAGUCCCGACAGUCCCAAGAGUCUCAGCAGUCCAAACAGUCCCGACAGUCCCAAGAGUCUCAGCAGUCCAAACAGUCCCGACAGUCCCAAGAGUCUCAGCAGUCCAAACAGUCCCGACAGUCCCAAGAGUCUCAGCAGUCCAAACAGUCCCGACAGUCCCGAGAGUCUCAGCAGUCCAAACAGUCCCAGCAUCUGUACUACCUCCUCGUGUCAAGAGACCGAUUUUUCCUUCGCCAGCCAACUCCUCUCCGAGUUCAGGCUCAGCCGGUGUGGUCUACACGUCCCCACCUGUCACAACUGUCAGUCCACAAAGUGUUUCUGCACUCGACACGCUCAAGUUUCUCUGCAACGUGUCAAAUGCUACUUCAUGUGGAUCGCCAUCAGAAGGAUCAAAACCACAUUUAAAAUUAAUUCCAAAGGUUUCACAAAGGCCCAACAGCCCCAUUAAGUGGGUAAUCGAAGAAGAGGACAGCUUCACGGCUCCGGUUCUUGAUCCUGUUAAUUUUUCCGUCAGUUCAGAGAUUCUUCAAGCUGUUGCAGAGAGAGAAAGUGCUACCAAGCCCUGCGACGCCCUUACAAAUCCAGUCUCCGGGUCGAGUCUGGGCAAAAGUGGACAAGGACAGGAAAGCACCUCGGUCACCUGCAACAGGAAGGUGGUUUUGGCGGCCAAAAACGGCAGCAUACCAUAUAAAAUGGGAAAAAGCAUCUCACCCACAGCAGCGGGAAAAAGUUAUGAAUACAACAAAACCACUGUGCCUUCAUCCCAACAAUCACUUGAGUCAGUUUCACCACAGAAAAGGCAGGGCGACAGAAUAAUCAUCCCAAAAGGGUCGCAUGAAGUGAUUGAUCUUUGUGACGACGACGCUCUCAAUGAUUCGUCUCAACCAGCGUCAUCCGUUCACAUGUCAGCGGCCACUCGUCCGGAUGAAGACAAUGUAAUAUUUGUGUCGUAUAUCCCCCCCAAGACUGACUCUGAGUCCACACAAGAUUUGAGACUGAAAACACAAAUGGCACCUGUGAAGGAAACGGACAAGACGGGUACAAGCAGCUCGAACAAAGUGACAGAACAGAAGAGCCCGGGUGGUACAACUGGCACUCUUAUAAGAAGAAAACCUGUCCACAGCAUGUCCGUCAACACAGUUAAAAACGUUACGCGUGUUUGCGGUUCAGCAGCGAUGAACAUGCAGAAUAAUGAGGGUCCGAACAUUAGCAGUCAGCGGAGCACCACCACCCAACAGUCGAAGGGCGUGGAAGUUGACGUAGAAAGGAAAAGUCCAGCAGAUCGCGUAAAUAUUGCUUCUGCCGCUGUUCAGAUGGUGAACAAGGCAGCGUUGAGUCCUUCUGCCCCUCAGCAAGUUGUCCGGAAGCAGGUUUCCCUCAUGAAUGUCUUCCCUAAUCAAGUAUGUUUGGAUCUUCCACUGCAGCAGCAGAAAGUGAAUUUAAUAGCCGUCGUGCCUCAGAUGGAAACACCUGCAGCCAACAGUGCGAAGUCAGGAAGACUUCCAGGUACGCUGCCAGUCACAGUGAAAGCUCCAGCGAUCCCCAGAGGACGGUACCUUCAGAUUACCCCUAAUGCAACAGUCCCAGCAGUCCCGACAGUCCCAAGAGUCCUAGCAGUCCCAACAGUCCCAGCAGUCCCAAGAGUCCUAGCAGUCCCAACAGUCUCGACAGUCCCAGCAGUACCAACAGUCCCAGCAUCUGAACUACCUCCUCGUGUCAAGAGACCGAUUUUUCCUUCGCCAGCCAACUCCUCUCCGAGUUCAGGCUCAGCCGGUGUGGUCUACACGUCCCCACCUGUCACAACUGUCAGUCCACAAAGUGUUUCUGCACUCGACACGCUCAAGUUUCUCUGCAACGUGUCAAAUGCUACUUCAUGUGGAUCGCCAUCAGAAGGACCAAAACCCAAUUUAAAAUUAAUUCCAAAGGCUUCACAAAGGCCCAACAGCCCCAUUAAGUGGGUAGUUGAAGAAGAGGACAGCUUCACGGCUCCGGUUCUUGAUCCUGUUAAUUCUUCCGUCAGUUCAGAGAUUAUUCGAGUUGUUGCAGAGAGAGAAAGUGCUACCAAGCACUGCGACGCCCUUACAAAUCCGGUCUCCGGGACAGAACAGAAGAGCCUGGAUGGAACAACAGACGCUGAUAGAGGAAGAAAACCUGGCCGGAGUAUGUCCAUCGACACAGGGAAAAACAUAACGCAUGUUUGCGGUUCAGCAGCGAUGAACAUGCAGAAUAAUGAGGGUCCGAAUUUUAGCAGUCAGCAGAGCACCGCCACCCAACAGUCGGAGAGCAUGGAAGUUGAUGUAAAAUUAAAGAGUCCAGAAAAUCCCAGCAAUUCUGACAGCAGCGAAAUAGCGAUGGACACCCACAAAAUGAAGAGCUCUGUGAAUGCCGCAACCAGUUGGACGUCUUCACCGGCACCAGAAUCCUGUCGAAUGGCCGAUAAUCUGCUGAGACAGAUAUUUGGGAUAACAGCCAAUGUGAAAGUUUGCCUGCAGAGGAUUGACGGUGCCUCAGUCGGGUCUCGUCCUGCAGGGUUGAGAGGGAAAGAACUUUUUUUAAAGGACCUUAACCGUCCACAAGAAAGCGGCAGCUGCAGCGGCGUGAACGUACCAACUGAACAGGAGCUGUUAGAAGGCUCUGCCACUCCGAGUGCUCACACAGACAUCGAACCUCUCAAAUGUUCACACUUGAAGCCGAACACGAAACCUCUCUCUGUUUUGAAGAACAAACGCCAUCUGGGUGACACUUCCCUCAAGGGAACGUCGUGUGAUGUCGAAACGGAGCCGGCGUUUGGCUACGUGGAACCCAUAGAUGAGGAUUUCCUCAGCAUGGAUGAAAACGACAUCCCAAACGCACAGGACCCAGCCGGCCGGCCGCAGACUCAGACGUGUGCGGAUCUGAAUGCAAACACAAGGAGAAUGGGAAGAACGAGGAAGCGCACAAUGUGUCCGUGUUGCAUCCCCGGUGCUCAAGAUCCAAAGUCAGAGGAGCCAGAGGACUGGGCAUGGGCGACCGAGCAGACAAGUAAAAAAGGGAGGAGAACAAAGGCUGUAAGAAAAGCUGUAAAAACAUCUGGAAGGACCGACUGUCUAAGAGCCAAGAACAAGCGCGGCAGUAAGACUUCCGAGGUCCCAGCCAGUGACAGUUUGUCCGCAGCAUCCGUGGACUCUGAGGAACUGAAACAACAUGAACAGAUCAGAAAACUCAGAGAGCUUCUGAAAGAGCAAGAAGCAGCUUUAGAAGUGAUGAGAAACGGCACGAGCUGAGAUGAGCACGCCAAUAUUUUAAACUCUAAUAUUCUUACAAAGUUAAUAGAUUUAUUUUUAGCAUAUAACAUAACUCUCCCCUUUCACGUCUAAGCUGUCCUCUCAAAUAAAUGCCACAAAUAAUCUAAA